AUGAUCGCUCUGAAGAUGACACCCGCCGGUUUGGUGUUCGUCUGCUACGUGCUCGCCCUGGGUGCCGCCAUGACUCCAGCCUAUCAGGAUCCUAAGAAGGAACUCAAUGAAAUCGUCAUUUGCUCCAAUGACCAGAUGGAAGUGAUAAUUCCCAGCACCUUUUUUCUCAGCAAAGUGCCCCCUGUUUAUAUCUGGGACUUGCACCUUAACGACCCAGAAUGCCGUGGGGUGGAGGUCGAUGACGACUACAUCUUCACCAUCAAGACAAACCUCUCUGACUGUGGGACCAUCACGGCCUCAGAUGAUAGCCACAUCAUGUUCAUUAACACCAUACGGAAUAACGAUUCGGAUAUCAUCACAAGAAGCUACAUCAACAUUACAUUUGUCUGCCGGUACCCAAUAAACUACAUGGUCCAGCAACCCAAUGGAGAGAAUAUGAUCAAAGUGGACAUCAGGACAAUCACCCUUAACACAGAGGAUGGGAACUUCUCAGUGGCCAUGGUGUUGUUCAAAGAUGAGGAGUUUCAGAACAAGUGGAACACCACCCCUUUUCUGAUGCUUGACGACACCGUCUAUGUGAAAGCGUUCAUGAUACCAGCCCAUCUGGUGCUACGCUUGGAACGGUGCUGGGCCACUCCAACCAACGAUCCCUACAGCAGCGUCCAGUACACCUUCAUCAGAGACAGCUGCCCGCUUAUAACUAAUGAGCAAACACUGGCGGUGCUGAAGAAUGGUCAGGGCCCAGAGGCCUUGUUCCAGAUACAGAUGUUCAAGUUUGUGGGCAACGCCUACAAAGAUGUCUUUCUGCACUGCAACGUCCAGAUAUGCCACAACACAGCCGGUGUCUGCCAGCCUAACUGCUCAGGAGAGGACGCGGUGAUCCGGGCACGGAGGGAUAUUACACAGUCUCACACCGUGUCUUACGGACCAAUCAGCAGGCUCAUGCCCAGCAGUGACAAAACAGGCUUGAGCUCGCGGAAUCUGCCCCCGGUGGAGACGUUUGUCCUGGGCGGGCUGCUGGUAGUGCUGCUGCUGGUCUCAGGGGUGUUUGGGAAGCUAUGGCUGCGCACACGACGAUCCUACCCCACCCACGAGGCCCAGCUGACCCUGUCCAACAUCCACCGCCUCUCCGAGGUUGCCUCCUAA